AUGAAAGGGAAUCACUGCGACACGCGCGGAUCUACUUCCUUUCCCUCGCGUGCCUUAGCCCACGCACGCUGCUUGUGGGCUGCUUCAACCCGCUUCCUAUUAUUCUAUUAUCACUCGAGCGUCUGCUGCGCAUACUACUAAUGCGUUCUAGUAGCAGACUCCUUUUCCAAUGUUCACACUGCAACAUAAUCCCGUAACGAUUGCUAGUUCUAAUGUGUGUUGUUUUGUGUGCGCACGUUUGCGUGUUCGCGCGUGCUUGUGUAGGGACAAGGGCGUAUAAUUUGUAACAAAAUUCCUCGGGGCACUAAUACACUAGUCAUAUGAAACCCCAGGAUUCCCCCCUCAGGCAUGGCCAGGGUAAUGGUCAUAUUCACUCUAUUUUGGACCCUCGGUAGGCAGGGAACGCGCUAGAAAUCACGGUCUUCGCAUCCCGAACCGGAUGAACUUUCUGUACGUGAUGCAGGACACUUCAUGGUCGACUGAGUACUCUUAUUCCUACGAAUGUUUAACAGCCGAUUAGCGAUUACCUAUGGAUCACAAGUAUUUUUUCUUUAGGCUUCAGUGGCGCGGUCGUCUACGAAUCGAGUGGUGUGGGCUUGAGCCCUGGCUGGGGACAUUGUGAUGUGUUCUUGGACAAGACAUCAACUAUCGAAGGAAUUUUGUGUUUGAUAUUUGCGUGGUAGUUCCUUGUCCCUAAUAUGGUCAAUGCAGUUCAGCGGAACCAACGCGGAACCAAACACGGAAUCCUUAUAAUUUCGUCAUUCGUAACACGACGGAAUCUUCCAAGAUCAUCCAAUCUUGUUCCUUUUUGGUCUACUGCUUUAUCAUUAGUGAUUUUCUCCCUUUGUUUUGUAUUUUUUUUGAAAGGCACUUUUGUAUGACGUGACAGCAUAUCUAUAAUUCAUGCCUCCAAACGUAAACAAACCAGACAAUUCAGGCGUAACGUCACGCAAUAGUAAAAAGAAUUUUAACUUCCGCCACCCUUUCGACAUUCAAUUCGCUUCGCAAGCGAUGGACGCGAGGCGCAGAGCGUUCUUUCUCUUCGCCAAUCAUUUUCUCGAUAGGUCCGAAAGCGACGAAGAGGAAUCUGACGAAGAAUUCGAGCCCGAUUUCGUUGAUGUUUACGAUGUUCGUAGCAGCGACGAAGAAGAAACUCGUCCAACGUUGUUUGGUGGCUACGAUUACGAAUUUGUGGACAAGGUAUUAGACAGUCAAACAUGUCCGGUGUGUCUUUUGCCGAUGAGGGAUGCUGUACAAACGACAGAGUGUGGCCAUCGAUUCUGUAAAGAUUGCUUGCUUGGGAUUCUGAGGAGUGAAAACCCAGUUUGUCCAAAUGAUCGCCAAAACAUCCAAGCUAAAGGAGGAUUCUAUUCUGAUAAAGCAUGGGCCAGAGAUAUUUUGUGUCUCCGUGUUAAAUGCAAGCGGAACGAGAGAGGAUGUGAGUGGAUUGGUCAACUACGACAUGCAGAGGAUCACCAAAAAAAGUGUCCUUAUGAAGAAGAAAAGUGCGUGGACUGUGGCCAUGACAUACAACGGAGGAAUCUACAGACUCACAAACAGGAGGAGUGUCUGCAGAGAAUGGUGGAGUGUGUCUUCUGCCAGGACAACUACCGCUAUGCCAAUAAAAAAAUACACGAGACUUGCUGUACCCGCUAUCCUCUCAUCUGCACCAACAACUGUGGAGCUUUACGAAUCCCAAGAGAAGAGAUGGACAGACAUAUCUCUAACCAAUGCCCGUUGACGGAAGUGACUUGCCCCUACGCCAAAGCUGGUUGUCCUUUUAAGGACAAGAGAGCUCAUCUAAACAGACACAUGGAGAGCAGCGUGGAUAAUCACUUGUGGCUGACUUGGUAUUCACUGGUCGAGACGAAGCAGGAACUCGGCAACUUGAAAGAUCUGCGGCAAAAAUACCUCAAGGUACAGCAAGUCAAUGCUAAGCUGACCCAGUCCUCUGCUGAGUUUCGUGACGAGAUUCGCGAUCUGUCGGCGGCUGUGAAGAGGCUGGAAGCACAGAAUGCCAAGCAGGUGAAACAGAUCGAGGACUUGACCAGGAAACUUGAAAGGGGCACACCAGAAGAAAAGGUGUCAGUGGAGAGGCGAACAUUGUCAUCAUCGGCCGGGAAGCGCAUCAAUGACGACAUCAGGAAGUCCAGUACACGUGACUUGGAGUGGAGCGCUGUAAGGAAAAGAAAGUGACUUGAGGGAAAGAAGCCUAAAAAUGAAACAAUGAGAAAGUCAAUUUGGUUUUCUGUUGUUGUUGUUGUUUAAACUACGAUUAACGCGAAUGGGAUAAUAUAAGUGUAAGCCCAUUUUUUAUCUCCUAUUCAUUGCUUAAGAGCGUUUUUUAACCCUUAAUGUUAAGUUGUAGUUCGAGAUAAGGACAAAGAAAGUAGUGAGAGAUCGUCAAAAAACUAAAUUCAAAGGAAAAUUAACCUGAUGUACCUUUGAAAAACAGGACCUCCGAGUCAAGAGCUGGUUGUUAAGGCUAUUAGGAUGAGACAUACUAUACUUAUAUUGGGCUAAACGACAGAAAAUGUUGAGAAAUAUGUCAGAGUGCUGAAAUACUGUAAAUGCUCUAAAGACAGCCAGAACCCCUCAUCACUGUUUCUCAGAAACCUUUUGCUUUCAUUGUUUUGUUAGUGCUACUCAGUAAAUAUCAGCCCAGGUGUUUCGAAGGAUGGAUAAUGGUAUCCACUGGAUAAAUCAUUAAUCAACGAGGUGUCGAUUUUCUCAACACAAUUAUUUACUAGGUAGCGAAAUAGCUGGAAACAUGGUUUUAAAAUUUUAUCUGUGUGUGCACUGAUGCCCGUUCUCUCCCUUCCUCCAUGGAAAAUACAGGCCCAUCAAUGUUCGAAGUACUUUGCUUGACUAAAUUUCUUUACUUUCACAAGGAUACUGCGCACAAGCUUCAGAGGGACUUUGACCUAAUUCAAAAAAUUCUGAAUAUACAAGACAGCGUUAAAAUUUGAAACAGAAAUUUAAAAACGAUCGUCAAGGUUCACGUUCUUUAAAGAUCUUAAAACUACGUAGAAUUAAUGUACAAAGAAAUGUGUCAAUAACUGUAACGCACGUGCACAGCCAUAGUACUGUUCAUUACAGUAAAACGUUUGUUAAGUGAUAUUCCCGUUUCCGUUGUAGCUUUCUUAAACUCCCUAAUUUCUAUCUUACUACGACUAAUACAAGUUUUGUUUACCGUUAGAAGGGUUACUUGUAAAGCAAGAAAAACGCUUGUCUUGAAUGAAUCAGUACGUUGGGUGGCAGGUUGCCAUGUCUGCCGUAAUACUUAUGCGAGUUCUCUCAGUAUUUCCAUAAUUUAAAAGAAACUCUAAACGGAAAAUACUUAGCCCUGGGCUGUAAGAGGUAUCAACGAAUCCUCAUGCCUGAUCAAACAAGAAUGAGCCCUCGUAAAAGAACAGACCUAUCACAAUAGACGGAAGUGAAACUUUGCAGUAAUUUGCAGAUCAGACAUCUUCAUAGCUCACCAAAUAAAACUGACGACGAAUUUGAA